GCGGAGUUUCUCAUGCCACCAGUGGAUGUAAGGGGCGUGGCCUGCUAUACCUGCCUAGCCACACCAGUAACCAGACUACGUCCUGGAUCCAGAACGUAGGUAGCUACCUAUGCAGCCAGUUGCAUGAUGCGUGGUUACCAAGCUUAUUUCUCAAACGUCGUAGCGGGGGGGAUAUACUGACUUGUUGCAAGGUUUAUGUCAAGAUGGAAUCGGUGCCGUAGCCCAGCCGGAUGCGGGGGUGUCCAAACAUAUACCAGAUGCGGCUGCGUAUGGAUCCAGCUUUUCCCUGGUUACACAAGCAAUGCAGGGUCUAUCUGUUCUGUUACCCUACUCUGUGCCACCAUCGACUUUCCCGACUCCUUGUUCAUGUCUGUCUUCCGAUCAUCCUCAAGUUCCUUUCUGAUCCCGUCUUAUUACUCCAGCUCUAUUACCCCAACGCUCUCUCCUCAUAUCAAUCGGCAUCGGACUUACUCCCGACCGGUAGUCAGAGAUGUUGCCGAUCGAGGAUGGCUCGUUGGCAGGACUUCAUGCUGCAUGGCGUGGCCCUCCCUGGCUACAAUAUGGCCACCACGGGGUUACUAUCCGGCAAUUCUCUCUCCUAGUUUUUCUCCCGACUCGGAUAGGGGGACUCUCUCUUUCUCGGAGAUGCGAUGGCAAUGGCGAAGAUGCUAUUGCUGAGAGUUUUUCCCAAAGCAAUCAGCGAUCGCCAUUCUAUGUCCACGCCUAUCCAUUGCUAAUAAGGAUUCGAAGAAUUGUCGGCAUCUAGGGAGCCUGUCC